ACGUUGGGUGCGGGAGAAGAAAAGGGUCUGUACAUCCAACUACUGAGGGCAUGGAGAGAUGGUGGGCCCCACUUUUCCAGCCAGUGGGAGCCAGGGAGACCAUCCGAAUCAGUAGUCCAGUGGACUACCAAACAAAACCCAUAUCCUAGUUUCCACUGCAUCUCAGCCUCUCCUUCAGCCCUCCAAAAAAAUCAUAAUAAUAAUAAUAAUAUAAUCCAGUCAGCUGAAUCCUAAACUGAAUUUCCAACGGUCGGAACAAACCUACGCCGCCCAUGCUAACGUGCACCACACUGCCCUUUACGCCUCCAACCUCCCUUCAACCAACCCUCCACCAUCUCCUCCAAAAGACCUGCAUUACCCCUCAAGACAUCAGAACCAUCAAAGCAAUCCAUGCACGUGAGCUCCAUGCACGUGAGAAACCAACCCUCCUCUCCCUCCACCUCUACACAAGGGCCGGCCUCAUGCGUGAGGCCCGCUUGCUGUUCGACAGAAUGCCUGACCCAACUCUCGUCUCCUGGACAAUACUCAUGUCGGGCUACGCCCGCCACGGCCCUGCUACCGAGACAAUCGCCAUCUUCCAAAACAUGCUGCAAGACCCGACGGCUGCAUCAUGUAGGCCAGACCCUUUUGUUUUCGCCGUCGUCAUGCGUGCUUGCACGGUUAUUGGAGACCUCAAUGCGGGCCGCGAGCUUCAUUGCCAGAUCAUAAAAACCCAAGCGGCGAUUGAUUUGUUCGUCGAGAAUGCGCUACUGACCAUGUACGCAAGCUGUGGCUCAAUCCGAGAUUCUGUCGCCGUUUUCAACAGAAUCCAACGGCCUGAUUUGGUUACUUGGAGCUCAAUGGUAAGUGGGUAUGUGCAGAACGGGCAUGACGAAGAAGGGCUGAGGCUCUUCUGCCAGAUGGGCGAGGCCGGAAUUCAGCCGGAUGUGUUUGCUCUCUCAAUGGCUAUUGGGGCAUCUGCUCAUCUCAGCUACAGAGACUUUGGGACACAGGUCCACUGCUGUAUAAUCAAGACAGGUUUCAAUUCUCACCUGUUUUUGGAUAACAGUCUGAUGGAAUUUUAUGCAAGAUGUGGGGAUUCUGAUGCAUCGAGACAAGUUUUCGAUGCAAUGCCGGAGCGGAAUUUGGUAUCUUGGAACACAAUCAUCACGGGCCAUGUUCAUAACGUCCAUUACCAUGAAGCUUUGAUGAUUUUCCGGGCGCUGACGGAUGAUGAUUUUGAUUGUGAUGAGUUCACGAUAACAAGCGUUCUUCAGGCGGUUACUGGUUUAGGCUCCCUUGAUCAUGGCAGAGAGAUUCAUGGGUAUGUGAUCAGAGCAGGCCUUGAAUCAAAUGUCUAUGUGAUCAGCUCUCUCCUGGACAUGUACAUCGAAUGCUGCAGCGAGAGUGAGAUUUUGGGUCGAUACAGCAAUGUUCCCAUCAAGCUCUUCGACCACGCGCAGCAAUUCGAUGAGUUCAUAGUGGCGGGCCUUUUGAGAUCGUGUGCGGUGAGAUUGGAUCUAGAGAUGGGGAAGAUGCUCCACUCCUGUGUCAUGAAACUCAAUUUGAAGCAGGACCAUUACAUUAUCAGCUCGCUGAUCAACAUGUAUGCGAAAUGCGGGGCCACAGAAGCAGCCCAAUGGGUGUUUUCGGGGAUCAAAGAUCUGGGCACAGUUCCAUGGUCUGCAAUCAUCACCGGACACUGGCAGAAUGGAUUGUUCGAACAAGUGCUGUGGCUUUUCAGGCAGAUGCAGUUCGACUGCGUCAAAGCGAAUGAAUUUACAUACACUUCUGUUCUUCUAGCUUGCAUUGCUUUGGGUGAUAUCAGAGGGGGAAAAGAGCUGCACUGUAAUAUACUCAGAAAUGGUUACGGUACAACCGCUUCCGUCAUGAACUCCCUCCUUAAGCUGUAUGCAGAAAUUGGGUGUAUGCAACAAGCGCUGAAACUCUCCUCUUCAAUUCCAGAGACCGAAAUCUCAUGGGAUAUAUUGAUUCAAGCUUGCGCAAGGAUUGGAGACAGUGGAAUGGUGCUUAAGCUCUUCCAAAGAAUCCAUCAGUCAGGAUGGGCACUUGAUCACAUCUCUGCCAGUUAUAUCCUCUGUUCGUGUGCAAAUCCGGUGCUUCUGAAUGCGGGAGUCCAGGCACAAGCGUAUCUGACCAAGACGGGGAUUCUGACCGAUCCCAACAUGAGCAAUUCUCUCAUCAAGAUGUACUCAGGCAGUGGUGAGAUCAGGCACUCCGCUAAGGCUUUCAAGAAGAUGCCUGAGAAGAACUCGGCUUCUUGGACGUCAAUGGUGUCUGCAAAUGUGGCACAUGGGCAGCCAUCCCAAGCUCUUGAUCUGUUCAUCCAGAUGCAACGGAAGAGCAAAAUGCCGGAUUCCAACACAUUUGUUUCUGUCCUCAAGGCCUGCGCUCAAACAGGCCUGGUAGGUAAGGCUUUCCGCAUCUUCAAUCUGAUGGAUGGUAAUUACGGUAUUGAACCGUCAGCUGAGCACUACUCAUGCAUGGUCGAUGUUCUGGGCCGCGCCAGGCUGUUUGAAGAUGCAGAAGCAUUCAUUGAAGGCGUCAUCCCAUUCAAUCCAGAUUAUCGAAUUUGGAAGACCCUUCUCUCUUCAUGUAGGAUACAUGGGAAUGUGAAGAUGGCGAAAUAUGCGGCAGAGAAGCUUCUUAAACUGGAACCAAAUAACCAUGCCGCUGGUCUAAUUCUUGAGCAGGUCCUUCUGACCAUUGGGAAGUGGGAUGAUGUAUCAAAGCUCAAAAACAGGAUAAAAUUCAAAAUACCAAGUUCGAGCUGGAUCGAGAUUCGGAAUUUCAUAUACGAGUUCACUUCAAACGAGACUCCGUCAGAAGAGGUUUUGGCCAAAGUGGAUGAAAUUGAGAGGAGGAUGGAGGAGUCGGGAUACAAGGCUGAUAAGAACCAUUGGCUGCACAAUGCAGAAGAGGAAUACAGACAGACGAGAUUCCACCCCCACACCGAGAUCACAGCUCUGGCUUUUGGGCUUGUUCAGUUGCCCGAGGGGAUGCCGAUUCGGAUUCUCAAGAGCAUGCGGAUGUGCGGCGACUGCCACUCUGCUUGCAAAUUCAUUUCGACAUUUGUGGGGCGAGAUGUCGUCAUCAAGGAUUCUUUCAGGUUUCAUCACUUUAGAGGUGGGAAAUGCAGCUGCAAUGAUACAUGGUAGGAUGGGAAAUUACAUAGAUGAAUGUAUUUAAUAGCUGUAAAUCUAGAGCUGUGCACUGCUCAAAUUACUAGCUGCUCUGUUCAGGUGAUUAGUUUUUCAUUUUGGGAGUGUUUGGUCACACGACUCACACCAAAUAUCAUCAAAGUUUGCAAUAUUUUGCACCAGAUUGGAAUGAUUAAUCAUGAAAUAACAUUGAUAUUCAUUGGUUGUUUCUCAUUAUGAAUUGUUUUUGCAGUUGUGGAGCUUCCACAAGGUUCAAUUGAUGUUCAUUCUAUCAUAAAAGAGGAAUUAUAUGAUCCCCAAGCGAAGGAUAUGUGUAGUAUCAUCAGGUCCUUAGUUUGUGAAGGUUCCUGUGGUCCAGUGAUCACGGCCAUUGAUAUGAUGGGCCCACAGUGGAUGGAUCAUGCUCCAAAAUGUCCUCGACUGGACAAUCUAACUCUCUAAUUGUGAGUCUGUAAAUAGAAGAUUGAGAAAAUAAAAUGCAGCAAUAGUCCACAUUCAACUGCAAAAAGGUCAAAGAUUGCAUGGCUGAUGUGCCUCAACCAAGAGCUUUUUAUGUGGAGUUGCCAGUCAAUGCUAGGCCCAUGGAUUCACUUGUACAAACAGAAAACCUGAGGAUGCUAUGCAAAUCCUCCUGUCAAGGAUCAUACAUUGUAUUUUAAAAAAAUCAAUAACAUGUAAGGGAGUGUUUGUUUCAAGAAAAAACCAUUGAAAAGAAUAUGAAUUCCCUGAUGUGAUGGUUUACUUUGUUUGAGAAACCAA